GUGGGUAGUCCCAGUCGUAACUGUCGUCAUCAACAGCAGUUGAAGCAGAAGGAAAGAGGGUUGACAGGCAUGAGAGGAUUUCGCUCUCUGAACGCAGUUCCUAAACGGUGCUAUGCGGCAGCCAGGAGUGUCGAAGCCCUGAAAUUCUCCACAACAGCCUCUCCAGCUCCUCAAGAUGUCCAAGUGUCCAAACUCACAAAUGGACUGGUGAUAGCAUCUCUGGAGAACCACUCACCGCUGUGCAAUGUGGGUCUGUUUGUGAAAGCAGGAAGCCGCUAUGAGACAGCAGAGAACCUUGGUGUCUCACAUGUUUUGCGUUUGGCAGCCAACCUGACAAAUAAAAAUGCAUCUGGCUUGAAGAUAUGCCGCAGUCUGGAAGCACUGGGCGGCAGCCUGAGUGUGACGUCUUCACGUGAGACCAUGGUCUACACUGCCACCUGUCUGAGAGAUCACCUAGAAUUAUUCUUGGAGACUUUGGUCAAUGUGACUACAGCCCAGGAGUUUCGCCCGUGGGAGGUGAGCGAACUCACGUCCAGGGUGAAGAUCGACAGGAAAAAUGGACUUUCCAACUCUCUGUACUGCCCUGACUACAUGGACGACCGAAUCUCCCCAGAGCAGCUUCAGUCAUUUGUAAAAGAGAAUUUCAGCACUGGCAGAAUGGCUGUGGUUGGAUUAGGUGUGAAGCACUCUGUCUUGAGGCAGGUGGGUGAAGAACUCCUCAGUGAUCGCAGAGGACCCGGAGUGGCAACAGAUAAAUCUGUGUACCGUGGAGGUGAGCUGCGAGUACAGAACAGUGACAGUCUGGUCCAUGCAGUCAUUGCAAGCGAGGGAGGUGUCAUGGGUAGUGCAGAGGCGAAUGCCUUCUCUGUGCUGCAAAGGAUCCUGGGAACUGGUCCACACGUAAAAAGAGGCUCAAACAUCACUAGCAAACUUAGUCUUGGUAUUGGCAAGGCUACAGCACAACCCUUCAGCGCUGCAGCCUUUAAUACCUCCUACUCUGACUCUGGCCUGUUUGGUGUCUACACAAUUGCACAAGCUGAUUUGGCAGGAGAGGUGAUCCAUGCUGCCAUUGCCCAAGUGAGGGGCGUGGCUGAGGGGAAUGUGACAGAGGCGGACAUGACCAGAGCAAAAAACCAGGUCACAGCAGAGUACCUGAUGUCAGUGGAGAGCUCAGACGUCCUGAUGGAGGAGAUUGGUGCCCAGACACUGACCACAGCAGCCUACCAGCUCCCACACACUGUUCUCCAGACCACUGAUACUGUCACACAGGAGGAUGUGGUCAAGGCUGCGAAAAAGUUUGUGGAUGGAAAGAAAACCAUGGCAGCAAGUGGACAACUUGUUAACACACCCUUUGUGGACGAAUUUUGAAAUUAAAAUGUAAAAUCUGUUCAUUUUAAUUUAGGUGUGAGGUGACUGGCUGCUUGCCUGAAAUAUAAAAUGAAUAGACCUUAACCACCAGCAACAAACAUUGGAUUGAACCAUCAUCCAGGCUAUUGUAGCUGUUCUGCUACACAGUGUUGUCAGCUAAACUUGUUCUACACUUUAUAGUACAUACUGUUUUGUUAUUUUCUUCUCAACCAGUAGAGGGAGACAAAACCGCCAAACAACAUGGUCCUAUGGUAAAACUAUUUGUAUCAAUUUGUAUCAAUUUACUGUAGGUUAAUUCAUUUAAUACCACCUUGCUUCACUUGAAAUUUUUGUUCAAGAAUUCCAAAGUGUUUUGUGCCAACUGUCAAAUUCGUUUUAUUAAAGGAUAAAAAAAAUCAGGGGCAUAAAAACCUAGGACUAUAUGUUUUGUCACCUAAACUGACUGUAGUUUACAAUUGAAUGUAACCCAUUAAAUAUAUUUAUCAUGAGGUUCACAAUUGAUCUGUGUUUAAUGAGGACCUAAAAGUGUCACAGAGUAAAAUAGAGUGGCAGGUCCAACAAAGCAUUUUAUCGUUUCUUUUUGGAACCAGACAGAAAAUAAUAGAGGCAUUACAAUGGUCUGUGAUUAUGUUAUAAUCAUCAAUGCACAGAUCAUUGCCCUUUGAAAUGUGCUGCAUUUUUGCUGGAUGUCUUAUGACUUAGUAUUACAUCUGCAUGGGUUAUAAUCAGUAAUAUGCAGAAAUAAUAUAGUCCUCUCUGUUUUUUUGUAAAUCAAGAGGUACUAAUGGCAUGUGUGUUUUGUGAUGGUGUAAUUGGGCAAUAUAUAAUUAUAUAUACUGUAUGUAUAAUAUAUGUAAAUAACGAGCAUCUAUCCUUUUUUCUUUGACUUGUUUCACCUUCUCCCGCUGCUCUGCUGUGCUCUUUCCAUCCUGGACAGUGAAAUCAAAUAGGGGCCUGAAUCAUCACUGCUGUACUUUGUGACUUCAGUCUGAGACAUUUAAUCCUGUCCCAUUACAGCUUUUUCUUUCAGGCUGCUCCAAAAUCAAUUUCACGACUCACAAAACAAAGAUGGAAACAAAGAGAUAAACAUUACAUCAUUUAAAACAUAGAUAAUCAUAACCAAAGAGAACAGUCAGUGCCAUGUAUGACCUGUAAAAACAGACACAGCGUCAUUAAAAACGGAAAUAAACGCUUUUAGCAUGUCUGU